AUGAGUAACGAAAGGGUAACCUACGCGGAGGUGAACCGGCAGAAGGAUUCGAAGAGGCAGCAAAGGGAAAAAAAGGACUCCAAAAGCUCUGUCACAGAAACCACGCCGGAAAUAACCUACACAGAGUUAAAUCUUCAAAAUGAGUCUCAGGAUCCUCAAGGGAAUAACAAGCAGUGCCGCUGCAGAGGUUUCCUAUCUCCUCCCGAGAAGCUGAUUGCUGGGAUCUUGGGACUCCUCUGCCUUGUUAUGGUGGUAAUAGUGACCAGGGUUAUUCCCUCUUCUGAAAUGCAGCAGUCAAAUAAUUCAUCUCUGGAAUCAAGGAUCCAGAAAGCAUGUCACUGUAAACAUUGUCCAGAGGAGUGGCUCAUAUAUUCCAACAGCUGUUACUAUAUUAGCAAUGAAACAAAACUAUGGAAUGAGAGUUUGAAGGACUGCAUUUCCAAGAAGUCUAAGCUGCUUUAUAUAGACAGUGAAGAAGAAAUGAAUAUAUUUGUAACUUUUAACAUCCUUCCUUGGAGUGGACCCUCCAAAGAAACCAAUGAUGGUGUACAGAUGUGGUCAAAUUUUUCUUCCAAGUGGGUCUCAAGUUCUACAAAAAACCUGGACAAAUGUUUCUAUGUAGAUUAUUCUAGAAAACGAAUAAGUCAAGCAUCCUGUUCAGAAAGAAGAUUGUAUGUCUGUAGGCAGCAAUUUCUUGAACUUACUUAA